UGCUGGACGAUUACAACGUUUUAUACACUAGUGUUCACAAUACAAUAAAUAAAAAUAAAAGUUAAACCAAUUAAUUAUUCUGGUAGGAUUAUCGUCGACCAUACUAUCUAUAAAAUUUCGAAUUUCCAAUCUUUAUCUUAAAUAAUUUUUAAACAAUUCUUACGAUAUUAAUCUUAAUAAAUACCUAAAAACGGGAACACAAAGCAUUGCACGUUGGACUUCGCCUAUUUAGUCAACUUAAAGAUUUUGUUCAAUGUUCUCAAUAUGAUAUAUUUUAUGAAUUGGAUUUAUUUAUCUGUAUUGUGAUUCAAAUGAAUGAACCUAUGAGUUUAGGUAACCUUAUAAGUCUUAAAAAAAGAUAGUGAUAAUAGUGUGGUAUGAAUAAAUAUCUGCAAAAUACAAUAAACUUGAAGAAGAAAGGUUGAAAUAAUUUGGCCUAUAAAUUAGUGACCCCGUUAACCAUGAAUCUACAGACACUUUUUCAAGAUUUUAAUCCGAGCAAAUUUCUAGUGUAUACAUGUCUCAUGAUAUUCACUAUACUAUUUGCAUUGCGAUUAGAUAGAUUUAUAGAAUGGAGUUAUUGGUGGAUAUUCAGUCCGAUAUGGUUUUGGAAGGGUAUGGUAAUUUUAGGUGCUACAGUAGGAAGUUAUGUUUGGUGGAGACAUCCACAUGCAAGACUUGAAGGAGAUGCUUAUGUUCACUACAAAGCUAUGCUUAUAACACUUGCUCUACAUCUGAUUUUAUUGAUGUUUGAGCUACUAGUUUGUGAUAAACUAGAAUCAGAUAGACAUCUGUGGAUCCUCGUUUUUAUUCCUUUAAUUUUUAUUUCAAUUGUUUCAAUAGCUGUAUGUAUUUGGGCUGUGAAACAUGAUCGAUCGUUUGAACUUGAAUUAUUCUGUGCCGUGAACGUACUGCAAUUUAUAUUCCUCUCCCUCAAACUGGACAAAUUUAUUUCAUGGAGUUGGGAAGUAGUGUUUGUGCCACUUUGGGCUCUCUUAUGUUUGUCGUUGGUUGCUGUGUUAUAUACAAUAGUAUUCGCAGCAGUGCUAUUAAGAGCACCACAAGUUAAUGCUCGUGUAAGACGAACGUCUUUAAAUUCAGCCUUGGCCUACACUUUUCUUGUAGUGCCAAUUUUAGUAUUUCAAGUAUUAUUAACGAAUAAAUUAGACGAAGUUCUUACAUUAAAUUUUACUACUGUCGCUACUCCACUAAUGGUCUCACAUGUGACAUUAAUUUUCAUGUCAUUCGGUGCUAAAGGUGGAAAUAGAUGGUGGUUUGGAAUACGGAAAGAUUUUUGCCAUUUUCUUUUGGGCCUGUGUCCACUUCUACAGGAAUACGGUAAUAUUUCUUAUCAGCCAAGAAGUGAUCACGAUCAACCACCAUCAGAGCCAAUGGUAUCAGAGAAAUCAGACAAACACAUAAAGAAAAUCGACCUAACAAAACCUGUGGUGCCUAUUAUUUCUAUAGAUAUGCCUGAUUGAUGGCUUAAAUACUUACAGAUAUUCAGGAAGUCUAUUAAAUAUUCACAAAUAUUGUGAAUAUGAUAAUGCUCAAAAGUGAAUGCACGUACAGUUUCCUGUCCGAUUAUUAUGGUAAUAUUAUGAAUAAUGGGAGAGGAAGGAAAAAAAUGCAUACAAUUGAUGCAGAAAGAGCAUUUACAAGUAAACGAAAUAAACGAUUCAAUUUUUAUUUAUAUACGCUGUGCGGAUAAGUAGUUUACAUAUUAUUAUUCAUUUUUAUUCUCGAGCUAAAACGGUAUAUAAUUCGCUUUUAAUCUUAUUCUAUCGAAAUAUUAAUGCUUUUUUAUUAGCCAGUUGACCCGUCCAUUUAGUUUCAAAUAAUUCCCUUGCCUAAUGGAUUAAUAGUCCGCCAUUGUUAGCUGUUAUACAAUAUGACAUAUAUGAUAUAUUAGUAAAUGUUGAUAGCGUUAAUAUGUUAUCGAAAAUAACAAAACUCAAUUAAUAUCAAUUUAGAUGAAGCUGGUGCUAAUUAUCGGUUGUGAGGUUCUUCCAAUGUCUUUUAAUCAUCUCAAUUAGGAAAGAAUAUUGAAUCAGUACAAAAAAAUAUUUCAACGAAAUUUUUUUUAUUUUACAAAUAAUUUUUAUUCGUCUAAAAUAUAUAAAAAAAAAAACCAUCUUUUUACUAUCAAUAUCAAUUAUGCCAAUUGAUUAAUAGUCAUAAUUUUAUAUAUUUUGGCACAAUUAUUUGCGGACAAUCAUUACUCGAUUCAAUGACCACUAGUCGAAUAAAUGCUUAAAGCGUAUCAAUUGUGUCACAUUUUUCACUUAAUUGAUAUUGUGAAUCGAUGAUGCCAGCUAAGACACAAGACUGAACGCCUCGCGUUUUUAGGCUAGUAUUAUAAUAUUAAAAUAAAUGAUAAUACAAUAAAAUUUUUCAAUUAAUUAAA